GGUCCCCGGCGCGUCCUCCCGUGUGCCCGCCCAUGGCCGGGAAGGUGUUGUCACUUCUGCCUCCUCUGGUGCUGGCCGCGGCCGGCCUCUCCGGCCUCCUGCUGCUGUGCGUCCCCACCCGCGACGUCCGGGAGCCGCCCGCCCUCAAGUAUGGCAUUGUCCUGGAUGCUGGCUCUUCACACACGUCCAUGUUUGUCUACAAGUGGCCAGCAGACAAGGAGAAUGAUACAGGCAUAGUGGGCCAGCACAGCUCCUGUGAUGUCCAAGGUGGGGGCAUCUCCAGCUAUGCAGAUAACCCUUCUGGGGCUGGCCAGAGUCUGAUUGAAUGUCUGGAACAAGCACUUCGGGAUGUACCCAAAGAGAGACAUGCUGGCACCCCCUUAUACCUGGGAGCUACAGCAGGCAUGCGCCUGCUCAACCUGACCAGUCCAGAGGCCUCAGCCAGUGUGCUUGCGGCAGUGACGCGGACGCUGACCCAGUACCCCUUUGACUUCCGUGGUGCACGCAUCCUCUCUGGCCAGGACGAGGGGGUGUUUGGCUGGGUGACUGCCAACUACCUGCUGGAGAACUUCAUUAAGUACGGCUGGGUGGGCCGGUGGUUCCGGCCCAGGAAGGGGACGCUGGGGGCCAUGGACCUGGGGGGUGCCUCCACACAGAUCACCUUCGAGACAGCCAUCCCAGCUGAGGAUCCAGCCAAUGAGGUCCAGCUACGGCUCUACGGCCAGCACUACCGGGUCUAUACACAUAGCUUCCUCUGCUAUGGCCGAGACCAGGUCCUCCAGAGACUGCUGGCCAGUGCCCUCCAGACCCACCGCUUCCACCCCUGCUGGCCAAGGGGCUAUUCCACUCAAGUCCUGCUCCAGGACCUGUACCAGUCACCAUGCACCGAGGCUCAGCGGCCCCAGACUUUCAACAGCAGUGCCAGAGUCAGUGUGUCGGGGACCAGUGACCCUGUUCUCUGUCGUGACCUUGUCUCUGGGCUCUUUGACCUCUCCUCCUGCACCUUCUCUCGAUGUUCCUUCAAUGGGGUCUUCCAGCCCCCUGUGGCUGGGAACUUCAUUGCCUUCUCUGCUUUCUACUACACUGUGGACUUCCUGAGGACCUCGAUGGGGCUGCCUGUGACAACUCUACAGCAGCUGGAAGCAGCUGCCAUGGCCAUCUGCAACCAGACCUGGGCUGAGCUGCAGACUCGGGCGCCAAGGCAGCAAGCCCGCCUGGCCGACUACUGCGCUGGGGCCAUGUUCGUGCAGCAGCUGCUGAGCCGCGGCUACGGCUUCGACGAGCGCUCCUUCCGUGGCGUGGCCUUCCAGAAGAAGGCCGCGGACACGGCGGUCGGCUGGGCGCUCGGCUACAUGCUGAACCUGACCAACAUGAUCCCCGCUGACCCGCCGGGGCUGCGCAAGGGCACCGACUUCAGGUCCUGGGUCGCCCUCCUCCUGCUCUUCGCCGCCAUGCUCCUGGUCGCGCUCGGCCUGCUGCUGCGCCAGGUGCGCUCCUCCAAGUCGCCGAGCGCCAUCUAGGGCGCGCGGGGCGCCUCCCUAGAGCCCCCAGCGCAGCACCCCCCACCUUUCACUGCAACCUGGGCGUCUCUGACCCUGAGGCCGCCCGGAACCGAAGCUCUGGGGCGCAAAAACAAAGGGCCCCUCAGCUCCUCCGGUCUCUGCAUCUCCUCCAGCCCCCGCAGCCCCUCCGGAUGCACUUCCUCAGUGCUUCUGGCUCCUCCUCUUCCUGGGGUGGCGGGUCCCCCAGCCUGGGACUCAGGGCGAGGUCUCCAGAAGCGAAUCUUCCAUUCCGGCCUUCAGGUCCCUCAGAGCACCCCGUUCAUAGAGCCUGGGUCUGUACUAGGGGAGGGUCAGAGGCCACAGGCUGGGAGCCAG